AUGAGAUUUAACGUUAUAGUAGUACCUCCGCUUGAAAUUAUCCGAAAUGGUUAUUGUCAGGCCAUGUUGCGCCAGGUCAAUUAUUGGCUAUUAUGGGACCUAGAGAGCAGAAUUGGCGGUGAUUUUUCAUUUAAGGGCAUUUCCGGCGGAGAAAUGAAACGAUUGUCAAUCGCUUCAGAGUCACACAUUGAUGAGCCGACGAGUGGUUUGGACUCAUUUAUGGCCGAAAGUAUUGUCCGGCUAUUGAAGGCUAUGGCCUGUGAGGGCCGGACUAUAGUCUGUACUAUACAUCAGCCGUCGUCUCAAGUGUUCGCACUUUUUGACCACUUAUUACUGAUGACUGACGGAAGGGUUGCUUUCAUGGGAACCAAUGGUGAAGUAAAGAACUUUUUUGCAUCACACGGUUAUAUUUGUCCGGCUAACUACAAUCCUAGCGAUUAUUAUAUGAAUCAACUGGGUCGCAAUCACGUCUGACCCACAAACUAAGACAAAUGCCAAUAAAUUGUGCGAUAAAUUCCUAGACUCUGAUUAUAACGCCACCAUAUUGUUAGAGAUUAAUAA